UGCCUAGUCCUAGGCCCACUCCGCUCCUCCUUCCUCGCCGGGAAAAUUUCUUACAUUCCCUCCUCCUCUUCUCUCUCUCUCUCUCGUCUCUCGACAGUGUUCUCCCUCCUAUCUCCUCUUCAUUUUGUUCCUAUAGUAUGUGUGUGUGAGAUAGAGAACCGCCACACUAUACGCCCUGACCCGGUGUACGUGUACGUACGUGUGUGUACGUCUCAUUCCUCUACCUCUGCUCUAUCUCCAAUCUGAUGAAUCAUCAGGAGAAGCUAAAGCCCGGUUCCUCGUCGUCUUCAGCCAGAAGUCAGGCUUCGUGUGUCCGUGUCGGGCAGGCUGUCAAUGUAGCAGUAGAAAGAUUCGUCACAGUCGGUGAAACGAUUGCCGAUGACUAUCAGGACAUCAAGAGCAGAAUGUGUGAAGCCUGCAAGGACGCUCGAAUUGCAGGUGGAGAGAUAGAGAAGCUGUGUGAGGGGGUGAGUGAAGAUAGCGAUACUCAGGGAUAUUUCUCAACCUCUCUCAUUCGGGCUGCUCGCCGCCUCCUCUCCUCCGUCACUCAAGUGCUCCUAUUUGCCGAUUCCAUUGUCGUACGACAACUUCUUCUCGCCAAAGACAAGGUGGCCAACGCUCUUACCAGGCUGGAAAAUGUCAAGAACUUUACGGAGUUCGUUCGAGCUUUCUGCCAAUUCGGCCAGGAAAUGGUGGACCUGGCUCAGCUAACGGGAAAUCGACAGAAUGACCUGAAAGACGAAAGGAGGAGAGCUCAAAUGGCAGCUGCUAGACAUGUCCUCGAAAGAUCCACCAUGGUGCUCCUUAGUUCAUCCAAGGUCCGUUCACUC